AUGGCUGAUGAUUCUCCGCAAGACCCUGCCGCGACGGCUGCCACUCAGCCAGAGGGCCACUUGGAAGUUGACGACAACUUGGAUGCCAACGAUUCGCUUUAUCAUUCGACACAGAAUGGACGUCGAUAUCAUGCAUUCCGAGAAGGCACUUAUCCCGUGCCCAACGACGAAGAUGAGCAAGAUCGUAUGGACCUCGUUCAUCACGUAUACAGUAUCCUUCUCGACGGAAAGCUCCACCUUGCCCCAAUUGACGACAAUCUUCAACGCGUACUCGACCUCGGCACAGGGACUGGUAUCUGGGCGAUAGAUUUCGCAGAUGAGCAUCCCUCGGCAGAGGUUAUUGGAAACGAUCUCAGUCCCAUCCAACCAGAAUGGAACCCACCAAACUGCACCUUUGAAGUAGAUGACUACGAGGACGAGUGGCUAUACCGCACACCAUUCGACUUCAUCCACGCUCGCGAGUUGGAAGCAUGUGUAGGGGACGAGGACCUCAUGCUCCAGCGAGCUUUCCGUCAUAUACGUUCAAACGGCUACGUCGAACUACAGGGCGUAGACGCGCGCUUUGAGUCCGAUGAUGGAACACUCGAUAAGGCGCCUAAUGCUAAAUCGUGGAUGAAGCACCUCAUCGAAGCUUGUGCCAAGUUUGGCAAGCCUGUCGACUGUGCGGAUAAAUGGAAGGAUAGGUUGAUCAAGGCAGGGUUCGUGGAUGUUCAGCAGGAAGUCCAAAAGUUGCCUAUCGGACCUUGGCCGAAGGACCCGAAGCUCAAGGAACUAGGUCGUUAUCAGGCUAUCCAAGAGUCAAAGGUCAUCGACUCCUACACGCCCAAACUGUUUGAGUACGCGCUUGGUUGGAGUGCAGAGGAGAUUCAGGUGUUGAUGGCAAAGGUUAAGAAUGAGCUACGAGACCCGUCUAUUCACCUGUAUCUCCCUGUCUAUUUUGUUUGGGGUAGGAAGCCUUAG